AUUAUAUUGUAUGCUUGUUGAAUAUAAUGAAAGACUGCCAUUGACAGUUCAGCGGAUAUAAUUUGAAAAUUGUUUAAAGCACAUGCUAAAUGGUUAAAACUUUCCUUUUCAGGGUACAGCAAUACGUAUGUUAAUAAAAGGUAUUCACUGCUCUACUGAUUAUCUUUCAAUUUGAAUAAAGGAGUAUUCAAUGACUGAAAGUCAAGAUUAAAGCGAAUCACAUCAUUAAUUGAUAUCAAUUUGCGAACCCUCUUUAACAUGUCAGAUUCAAUAUUAAUUCGAUUUAGCUCAUUUCUAAUUGGGAAAAGCUUAAGCUUUUUUUUUCAUUGUUUUUGAUUACGAGUAGCUGAAAUGAGAUAUCGAAAAUUAUCUUCAGCAAUUUUGUAGACCACUACUAAUACUACAACUUAUCUGAAGACACUUUUCGGAUAUCUCAUUUCAGUUACUCGAUAUUCAUGUCUAGAAAAAGGCUGAAAAUUGCUUUACGAUUGAUGACAUACAACAUAUCAAGGGGAAAAAAACUUAAAAAACUCGUGUGUGUUCAUACGGAUUCGUUGUAAUGACAACGCAUAAUCAGCAAUACACAAAAAUCUAUCAUUUUAUAGCCGUAGAGCGCAUGCACCUGUGUACUUGUGAUACACAUAUGCAUGCACUCUCCGACUACACAUCCGUUGACGUUGCGCUAAUUAGGACAAUAGCCUAAUUAGUCGCAACAUCAUGCGCAUCCACUCAGUCACAACACAAACUUCGACAAGUCAACUGCAUAAAGAGUAUUGCACAUCAACAGACAUCAAGUAACCGUGUUUAUUCUCAUUAAUGUAUAAUACUUCUUUUUCCUCGCUAUCGUUUACAAUCGUUUCUGAGGAGAUUUCCAAAAUUCCGCAGUUGUAAAUUUCCAAAAGUGAUCAGUAAAAAUUAGCCACACAUAUUCACCACGAAAUCGAAAUGUCAAGUUGACAGUGUCACAAACAGUGUGCUCAGAUGCUAGCUCAAACAGCUGUCAAAUGAACUCUGAAAUAUCUGUCAAAACUAUGUGUAGCUUUGAUCAUAUCUAUUUAUAUCUAAGUUUGUUUGAAUUUUGAAAAACAAAAUAAAAUCUAUUAUUUUUAUUAAAUUUUCAAAAGCACCGUCAGACUCUAGAUUGUACUUCGAUAUUUGCAUUGCAAAUCAACAAAAAUCAAAUGCUUAUUUCAAACGAUCGCCAAUUUUUGAUAGAAAUCAAAUAAUAUCGAAGUGAAUUUCUCAAGCUCAAGUGAUGUUUUUUGCCACGAGCUCCUAAUUCUUACUGAAAAUACGGUUUUAUUUACGCGGUCUUAUCAAUUCCAAUUAUCUCGGCCUAUCAUUAUCUUCAUUGCUUGUUAAUAUUGAAGAUAAUAUGUAAAAAAAAGCGUCAAUGUUAUCAAAUACGUAGAAUUGAACAGAACUACGUGUUAAGUUAUUAAAAUGAUUACAACAACAAUUAUCAUUGGCUGAUUAGAAAUCGAUGUUGACAGAUUAUUGCAUGCUUCAAAAUAGCAAAGAUGAGUCAAUGAAAUUUGAUUUCUUAUUUGCAUAAGUAGUCAACAAUACUCAACAAACACAAUUAUAAUUUGCAUAAACAACUGAAGCGAUCCUGUGUAUUAAUCAGUGGUUUUCGAAACAUAAAUAAGUUGUGAUAACAUUUUGUUCAAUAAAAAAUUCCCACAUUUUAAUCAAACGAUUAAUACGAAUUUUCAAGUACUAUCGGUUGUUGUAGAUAGCUCAGUAAAUAGUUGGAAGUUGACGGUCGACUUCGAUUUUAAAAAUUGAAAGAAUUUUGAGCACAGAAAAGAAUCAGAAAUUCAUUUAAUACAUUGUCAACUGAGAAAUUUGGCACAACAAUUUACGAAAUGGUGAACCAAGUAUUCAAAAAAGAAUUGAGAUUGCACAAUUGUGGUUUUAGUCAUGAUCCUGUGGAUUCGUUGAUGCGUUCACAAUGGCAAUCAACGUCCAAAAAUGUAUUUUAUUUGAUCUAUCGAUGGCUAGUUGCAAUCUUUGUUGUGGCAGUGGUGGGCAUUGCAUUAGAAGCUCACCUCCGUAAAUAUACUAUGGGCACAUUCUUUGUAUAUUUAACGCGUUGGGGCAUCACAACCAAUAUGAUAGUCGGUGUUUACGGUGCAGUGUUAGUUACAAUAUGGCAUUUCCACACAGACUACCAAGAACGUAUCCUGAAAAACAAGAGAAUGCCAACUUCGUUCAAAAUCUACUGGGCACUACAUAAUAUUGCAUUGGUAACGUCAUUUGUAAUAACAAUAGUUUAUUGGUCAGUACUACAUGUCAAUAAGAAACGCGUCGAUCUACCCAAUAUUUUAUCACACGCAAUGAAUUCAGUCAUUAUGUUCAUUGAUAUCCUUAUCGUGGCUUAUCCGAUGAGAUUGUACCAUGUUAUUCAGCCACUUUGCUUUGGAGUUUGUUUUGGAGUCUUUUCGUAUAUAUAUCAUUUGUGCGGUGGAGUCAACCAACACGGAGCACAUUUUAUUUAUCCGGUAUUGAAUUGGGCCAAACCAGGAAAGGCAUUAAUUACUGUGACCAGUGUAUUACUUUUAGUCAUUAUCAUGCAUAUGAUUCUCUUUUGCGUUUACAAACUGCGCGUAUCCACUCAACGACGGCUAUACAGAACGGCAUCUCUACCAAAGGACGAAUCACAAACAUUUUCAAGUUCGAGUUUGGACAGUUAUCUAUGAAUUCAGUGGGUUGUAGUAAGUUGCACUGAGUUUUUGUGAGUUUUAUGUGCAUUCGUUUGAGUUUAGUUUACUCACUCAGAAAGGAAUUAGUACGAUUCACAUAUACCAAUGGUGAUCUGUCAAAUUACCAUCAUUACUAUUGGCGAGAGUGGCGAUUUUGUAUGUAUUGUAUCUGCUCGAGCAGAUCUGCUGUGCGAUAUUACUAUGUAACAAAGUGGUAUUGGUUGUAAUAUGACCAUACUACUACCGAUACAUUUUUGUGACAUAGUAAUAUCGCACAGCAGAGCAGAUACAAUACAUACAAAAUCGCCACUAUCGCCAAUAGUAAUGAUGGUAAUUUGACAGAUCACCAUUGGUAUAUGUGAAUCGUAUUAAUUCCGUUCUGAGUGAGUACUGACAACUGGUGGCGUGCAAAGUAGGAGGCAAAUGAGGCAAAUGCCUAGGGCGACAGUUUGAAAAUUUGUAGGGAGAAAAAUUCGUGAGCGUAGCGAGCUAAAAAAAAUAGGGAGAAGAAUUCGCUUGCGAUGCGAGUGGAGAGAAGAAUUCUACCCAAAAAAUAACAUCAUCAGUCCAUGAACAAUUCAGAAAUCAAUAAUAUUUAACACACUUUUUCAGCGUAGUCGCCGAACGAAUGAUGAAUUUGUUUUGUUGUAUAAACUCUCUCUCUCUUUCUGUGUGUGUUUAGUUACUGUUUUCGCUGCCCAAAAUGAUUACGCUGACUUUUUUUCACGCGAUUUAGAUUUUUGUGAUGUCAACAAAAAUGCAAUCAAGACAAAAAUGCAAUCGUCGAUAUUUCAAUGGCCGUCAUUUUGCGACGCUCGCUUGCGUUCGCUCUGUUAUAUGUGUGAAGCAAUUCGAACGAGCGUCGUAAGACGGCUAUUGAAAUAUCGUAUACUGCGGCAACGCAAGCAGAAAAUUAUCGCGCUAAAUUUAUGCGAUAACUGCCUUAUGCGAUGUCGUAUUCAUGCGUUUUGGACUCAUUGAAAAAUACCGAAUCAAUCGAAACAAAUACAGCCGAAUCAAUUUAUAGCGAGUAAGUACUUUUGCUUAAAAAUUUAGGGGCGACAUUUUGAAAAUUUGCCUCAGGUGACAGAAUUACUUUGCAUGCCGCCGGGCACUGCCAACCACAAAAAAUCAAUCAACACAACCGAUUUAAAUCACAACAUUCAAUUAUUAAUUCUCGAAUCUAUUUAUUUUUCUAAAAUAAAAUUACAAUUAAAAAUAAAUAAUAUA